AUGGGAUAUUAUAUAGUAACUUUUAUCCUUUUUGUUGUUUUCUUGAACGGAUCCUCCUCUUAUCACCUCAACAACAUCUUACCUCCUCUUCAGCAUCAGAAUUCAUCAUCAUUGUUUGCCCCUCAUUAUCAGCAUUCAUGUUGCCCCGAAUCAUUAUCAGCAUUCAUCUUACCUCCUCUUCAGCAUCAGAAUUCAUCAUCAUUGUUUUCUCCUCAUUAUCAGCAUUCAUCUUGCCCCGAAUCAUCAUCAUUAUCAGAAUCAUUAUCAGCAUUCAUUAUCAGUAUUCAUCUUGCCCCGAAUCAUCAGUAUUCAUCUUGCACCGAAUCAUUGUCAUCAUUGUCAUUAUCACCAUCAUCAGCAUUAAUCAUCAUGAUCAUUGUCAACAUCAUGAUCAUCAUCAGCCUCAUCAGCAUCAUUGAUCAUCAUAAUGAGCAUUCAUCAUUAGCAUUCAUCACCAGCAUCCACAGCAUUCAUGAUCAUGAUCAUUAUCUGCAUCAUUAUCAGAAUCUGCAUCAACAUCAUCUACAUCAGCAUCAGCAUUCAUUAUCAGCAUAA